GUCUAUGUCUACCCCUCUCUACUUCGCUUUGGGGGAUUUUAAGCGGUGUCAAGAAGAAUAUUCCGCCAUUCUAUAUUUACCAUUUAUAUCGGAUUCAUACACGUUUUAUCCAUUUUCUCAUAGCCCGUCCAAAAAAGCGAAGAAUAAUGACGACAGUAAGCCCUGUGGUGAUUGCUGCUACGGCCAGACACACUGCGACACUUAUAUUUUUCCAUGGAUUGGGUGAUACAGGUCAUGGCUGGGCUAGCUCAAUGGGGACAGUAAGAUCUCCUCAUAUUAAAGUUAUAUGCCCAACUGCACCUACAAUGCCAGUGACAUUGAAUGCAGGUUUCAGAAUGCCUUCUUGGUUUGACUUACGGUCUUUGGAACCAAGUGGUCCUGAAGAUGAAGAAGGCAUUCGUAGAGCUGCAGAAAUGGUACAUUCUUUAAUUGCAGAAGAAGUUGCAGCAGGAAUACCCACCAAACGUAUAGUUAUUGCUGGUUUUAGUCAGGGUGGUGCACUUGCCAUAUACAGUGCUCUCACAUUUCCAGAACCCUUAGCUGGAGUCAUAGCUUUAUCAUCUUGGCUUCCCUUGCAUCAGAAAUUCCCUGCUGAGGCAAUAGGAAAUAAAAAUACUCCACUGCUACUGUGUCACGGUGAUUGUGAUCCAAUAGUGCCAUACAGAUGGGGUCAAUUGACUGCAUCUGUUCUCAAACAAUUUAUGACACAAAUAGAAUUCAAAACUUACAGAGGAAUGAUGCAUGCAUCAUGUGAUGAGGAAAUGCGUGACAUGAAGAAAUUCAUCGAAAAAUACUUGAAGCCGUAAUAGUUUUACUAAAUACACUAAUGUUUUAAACAUUAA